GUUGCCAUAGCGGCAGUCAGGCCAGACUGCUUGUUGCCACGGCACCGUUUGUGCUCGUGACCUGAUUAGAUUCCUUACAGGUGGAAUGUCUGUGAGAUCUUGAGGAAGCAUGAUGUAUUGGGAGGGUGUCUCAGCUUCCAAAAUUUAGUUUUGGAUUGUUCUCCAUCAAAUUGCUUUGAAACAGUUUUUAAUAAUUUUGAAUGGUCACUGAUGUAAACAUCCACUGACCCAUUUGUUCAAAGGACUUUUUUAAAUGUUAGAAAGAUACUUAAGUCAAACAUAUGAUUUCAAUGAUCCAGAGAAUGACUUGGAUUUCCUAACAUUAGGAUUUCCAACUUCCUAACCGUUUUAACCAUUUGCAUUGAUGGUGGAAUGGUUAUUUUUUUUGUGCAGUAAAAUGGUAAUCCUGGUACUCUCAUUAAAGGGGUCAUGUCAUGAGGAAUCAAAUAUUCCUUGAUCUUUUGACACAUAAGAGUUUAUUGUACUAUUAAAAGCAUACAGUAAGUUUCAGAACUCUAGACAUGCUCCCUAGUCCAAAAAGUGCAUUUAUCGACACCAAGCUGCAAAAACAUCUCUUUCUCUAUUUCCGUGACUACUCUACAUCACUAGGGGACCUUCAUUAAUGCAUUACCGCCUCCACAGCAAGAGAUCAACGGCCCCUUCUUUUACAUCAUCGCCUCUUUGGUCCACCUACUGGUGCGCAGUCAUUGUGAAUGAUAAGGAGAGAGCUGACAGGUAGCAGUGACACAGCCAUUGCUAAACACCUAGAGGGACCAUUGCUGCAGUUGAUAUUUAACAACAAAGAGAUUGCGAUGUAGUGGAAGAUUCAAAAACGUUGUGAAGUAGCCUAUACAUCUAUGUGAAUGAUUUGUUAAAACUUCAGUGUUAGGUGAACAAGCAUUUUGUUCGGCUGAUCGCAUCCGUGAUAAGAGCAGCACAAGCAUAGGUAGACACGUGGACACCACUGCCUCAGGGUUUGACAGAAGCGGCGUGUUUCUCUGAAGAACUAGCUCUAAUCACUCUUCCAAACCAGGGGUAAGGUAUCCUUACUGUUGCAGUGUAUGGUACAAAUCUUAUUUUCUAACUGUAUUUGUUGCUUUAUAUAUGAACAUGACUUUAACAUGUUGUAAAAUCACCACAAUGUUUGGCUAUUAGUAAUGUACAAACUUACUUUAUGAUAUCUGUUUGAAUAUCUCUUAUGUUCUUUACUGUCAGUUGCUGAUCAAAAAGAAAAGGAAAAAGAAAAAAAGACAUUAAUAUCAGUCACAUAUAGCACAGAACUGGCACAGAAAGAGUGCAGCAACUCUCUCGUCUAUGGCUUCUCAUUUCGAAAACUGUCCCUUUUACUUGCAUCCUUUUCUUUGCAUCCAAUCAGCUACCUCUUAGGAUACAAUGAAAAGAUGCAAGGAAAGGAAACGAGGAUGGAGGAAUCCAAGUGAAAUGUAUUUGUAAAAUGAAAUGUCCUGCUUAUUUAAGCAUAAUUUCAGAGUGUCAGCUUUGCGCAGCUGCUUUCCCUCGGAGCGCUUGCCGUUAUGUUGUUCAAAUUUGAUUGAUUGAAAAAUUGAGAAUAAAUCCUAAUAAUUCAAGAUGCACUCUUGAAGUAUGUCACAAUUACAGUUAAAACAGUGAUGAAACAUGAAUUAGAACUGGGAGGAGAAUUUAUGCGUGCAUCAGGUGCAGAGGUGGGUAGAGUAGUCAUCAACUGUACUCAAGUAAAAGUACCAAGUCUUUUAAAAAUGUAUUACUCAAGUAGAAGUAAAAGUACUGUUAAUAAUUACUUGAGUAAGAAAGUAUCGAAUUAAAAGAUUACUCAAGUAGUGAGUAACAAGUUACAUUGCAAAUUACAUUGCAAAGAUCAGAUUUUUUAUUUUAACACCUUGUGUGCAUGAAUCAUGUGCCUAUGUCAUUCUUUAUACCCACUGUUACAGUGAUAGUUUAAUAAUGAAAAUGAUGAUAUAAUUUAUACACCCUCUUGUUCUAAACCAGUAUGACUUAGACACAAUGAACACAGUUAAGGUGAUGCUAGACAGAAUUUUAACCUCAGUCACCAUUCACUUCCAUUUGUUUGUCAUUUUUGAAAGUGAAUGGUGACUGAGGAUAUCAGUCCCUAACAUUCUUCCUAACACCUUGUUUUUGGUUGCAGAGAAGACGAAGACUCAAAGGUUUGGAACAAUGAGAGUGAGUCUAAAUGAUGACAGUAUAUUCAUUUAUGGGUGAACUAUCACUAUAAAUAUACUUGCCAGAUCAGGUUUGAAAAUUAGAAGAAAGGUUCCUAGCAAUUAUUACAUAAAAAACUUAAAUGUCUCACAGGCUAAAUGAUAUUAUUUUUUAUAACAUUGUAUAUUCUUAGUUAUGUAUCAAAGCAAGGUCGUGCAAUAUUAACACCUAACUAUCGCAUAAACGUAACUCUUCAUCUUCACUGUGUGAAAUAAAAAAAGUGCUUGUUUUGAGUGCUUACUGCUGUUGCUGCAGUGAUGAACUUGAGUCGAGUGACACAGCGCUGCUGUAAAGUUCAGGUGCCGUAAAAGUCCCAUUCAAAAAUAUCUCAAUAAAGUAUGCAUUUAUUAACACUUAUUGAAUUAAAAUCAGUAAUGUAACGACAGUAACGCCCCCCAUUGUAAUGAAGUAAGAGUAAAAAGUACUCACCAUUAAAUCUACUCUUAAAAGUACAUUUUCUCCAAAAAGUUACUCAAGUAAAUGUAAUGGAUUAAAUGUAGCGCAUUACUACCCACCUCUGGUCAGGUGCUUAGACAAAAGAUUUCCUCAUCGAAUCCACCUGUGCAUCAUCUCUCAUGCCUACUCAUAAAGGCUCCUCUGUCCUCGUUUUAAUUGUUUUUCAUAUAAACGUGCUAGAUGAAGGUCUUUUUGCUGCAUUUGCCUUGUUUUUAGAUGCUGAAAAAGAACUUCAACUGUUAAAAAUGCGUCUUGAGACAGCUGUGUUCUGCCUUAUUCAUUGCACUGCAUCUUGCUUUUUUAGCACAAGAAUGCGUUUGGUCUGAACCAGGGUCAGAAAUUAACAAGGAUUUAUGGCAAAAAUGCCACCGGAGUUGACAAAAAGGACUCCAAAAUUUAAAAUAUGGGGCCAAAAAGAAUGUGCCACUUAUGAUUUCCAUUUCUUAUUUAUAACGUGAUGUAUUUCUUUUUGUACUCUAGACCUAAUAUAUACAUCACAUGAAGUUAUUUGAUGUUCAUUUAAAUUUAUAGGUAACCGCUUUUCUGGUUAUUUAGGUUGAACAUGUAUUUUAAGGAAUUGAUUAAUUUGAAGUAUUUGAAAUAGCACAAUGAUGUCAGAUUGUCAUAUUUUGUAUGGUUAUAAAAUAUGCCCUAACAUUGCCCUAAUAAUGAAAAAAAAAAAACAAUGUCGCAAAUGUUACCCCUUAAUAGAAAAAUUAAUUUCUGACACUAGUCUAAAUAGCCUCUUUUAAAAAUGCUUUAGCUAAUAGUUACAUAAAUGCUAUACAUACUCAAGAAAAUAAUAAUAAUUAAAAAAAAAUGCUUCUCUAAAAGUCACAAGAAUUGAAUGCUUUUGUGUUGUUUUGCCAAAAGAAAAAAAAAAGUAAGGGUACACUUCAUUACUAGUCAGAUUUCUGUGUGUACACUGAGAUGAAAUCCUGGAGUCACCCAUGGAUGGGGCUAUGCCAUUAUUAUGCCACAUUAUUAUGGAACGAAUUUUGGCAAAGGAAAAUAUGUUUUUAAAUAUAAUAGAAUAAAAAAGAAUAAAAUAUAUUGAUAGAUGCAAGUAAAAAAGCACAGAAAUGACAUUUGCAGUCUUUUACAUGUUACUUUUCGCACUUUAACAAGCCAAACCCCCGCCACAUCACCCAACCCAACUCAAAGGUGUUAGCCAAUCAUAACAAAGUAUAUUGAAGUCUUAAAGGGGACAUCACAGAAAACUGAGCGUUUCAGACAGAGACAGGGUGGAAAAAGGUCAUUUAAUAUAUUAUGAUAUUUAAUACUAUAUUAUAAACAUUUUAAGUGAACUGUAAAUGAAAAUAAUCAAGUGAAAAGAAAAAAACAUGACCCCUUUAACUAUCUAAUUCCAGUUCAGGAGCUACGUAUGUUGACAAAAAAUUUUUGUCUGCAAGAGCCACUUGCUACUGACAGCUGUGUGACACUUUCAGGGGGCUUUUGGAGCUCUGCAAAAGAUCUGUGAAGACUCUGCCGAGAUCCUGGACAGCGACAUGCUGGACCGUCCGCUCAAUGUGAUGAUCCCAAAGUUCCUGCAGUUCUUUAAGCACAGCAGCCCCAAGAUCAGAUCUCAUGCCAUUGCCUGUGUGAAUCAGUUCAUCAUCAGUAGAACACAAGCCUUGAUGCUGCACAUAGAUCCCUUCAUUGAGAACCUUUUUGCACUGGCUGGUGAUGAGGAGCCAGAAGUGAGGAAGAAUGUGUGCAGGGCUUUAGUCAUGCUUUUAGAAGUCCGACUAGACCGUCUCCUUCCUCAAAUGCACAACAUCAUUGAGUACAUGUUGCAGAGGACAUUGGACCAGGAUGAGAAUGUAGCUCUGGAGGCUUGUGAGUUCUGGCUCACACUCGCUGAGCAACCUGUGUGUAAGGAGGUUCUGUCUGGACACCUGCCCAAGCUGACACCCGUCCUUGUCAAUGGAAUGAAAUACUCUGAGAUUGACAUAAUCCUGCUGAUGGGUGAUGUUGAGGAGGAUGAAGCCAUCCCAGACAACGAGCAGGACAUUCGUCCAAGGUUCCAUCGCUCACGCACAGUUGCUCAACAACAUGAGGGUGGAGACUCCAUUGAGGAGGAGGAGGAUGAUGACGAUGAUUUGGAUGAUGAUGAAACUAUCUCAGAUUGGAAUUUAAGGAAAUGUUCUGCAGCUGCACUGGAUGUCCUGGCGAAUGUUUUCAGAGAUGAUCUGCUGUUGCACAUUCUUCCUCUACUGAAAGAACUGUUGUUCCAUCCAGAGUGGCUUAUCAAAGAGUCUGGCAUACUUGUACUGGGAGCCAUCGCUGAAGGCUGUAUGCAGGGAAUGAUCCCAUACUUGCCUGAGUUGAUUCCUCAUCUGGUACAGUGCCUGUCUGAUAAGAAGGCACUGGUUCGUUCCAUCACCUGCUGGACUCUGAGCCGUUACGCACACUGGGUGGUGAGCCAGCCCCCCGACACCUACCUCAAACCCCUCAUGACUGAACUGCUCAAACGCAUACUGGACAGCAACAAGCGCGUCCAAGAGGCUGCCUGCAGUGCAUUUGCUACCCUUGAGGAGGAGGCGUGCACUGAGCUAGUGCCAUAUCUUGCUUAUAUUUUGGACACAUUGGUCUUUGCUUUCAGUAAAUACCAGCAUAAGAACCUGCUCAUCCUCUAUGAUGCCAUUGGCACUCUGGCUGACUCUGUGGGCCACCAUCUUAACAAACCAGAAUAUAUUCAAAUGCUAAUGCCUCCAUUGAUUCAAAAAUGGAACCAGCUAAAAGAUGAAGAUAAAGACCUCUUUCCUCUGUUAGAGUGUCUCUCAUCUGUGGCCACUGCCCUUCAGAGUGGCUUUCUGCCAUACUGUGAACCUGUCUACCAGCGCUGUGUUAACCUGGUCCAGAAAACACUCGCCCAGGCAGUGCUAUACCAGUCUCAGCCUGAGUUCUGUGAAGCUCCUGAUAAAGAUUUCAUGAUCGUGGCUUUGGAUCUGCUCAGUGGAUUAGCAGAGGGUCUCGGCGGGAACAUUGAACAGCUGGUUGUCCGUAGCAACAUUCUUACUCUCAUGUAUCAGUGCAUGCAGGAUAAAAUGCCAGAGGUACGGCAGAGUUCAUUUGCCCUGUUGGGAGAUUUGACCAAAGCAUGUUUUCAGCAUGUCAAACCUUGCAUUGCUAAUUUCAUGCCUAUAUUAGGGACAAACCUGAACCCAGAAUUGAUAUCGGUAUGCAACAAUGCAACAUGGGCCAUUGGAGAAGUAUCUAUUCAAAUGGGUUCUGAAAUGCAGCCAUAUGUCCCAUUGGUUUUACAACAGCUGGUGGAAAUCAUUAACAGACCCAACACACCAAAGACUCUGCUGGAGAAUACAGCAAUAACAAUUGGUCGUCUUGGUUACGUUUGUCCUCAAGAGGUGGCACCCAUGCUACAGCAGUUUAUAAGACCCUGGUGCACUUCUCUUCGUAAUAUAAGAGACAAUGAAGAAAAAGACUCGGCCUUCCGGGGAAUCUGCACCAUGAUCACAGUCAACCCUGGAGGUGUGGUGCAGGACUUUAUAUUUUUCUGUGAUGCUGUAGCAUCUUGGAUGAACCCAAAAGACGAUCUUCGAGAAAUGUUCUAUAAGAUCUUGCAUGGGUUUAAGAACCAGGUUGGAGAUGAGAACUGGAAACGCUUUUCGGACCAGUUUCCCCUUCCACUCAAAGAGAGACUUGCGGCCUUUUAUGGGGUGUAGAUUUUGCUGGGUUGAAAAGCUUAUUCACUAUGGGAGAGGAUGGGAGCCUCUAAUACCCAGGGCACCUGUUGUCCUUUACCUGGGGGGAAGGGUGGUCUAGCAGGGGUGGGAACCAUAUGGCCCACUGGACCCCUCUAGACGGGGUGGGAGGGAGGUGUAAGCUGUGGCGCUAGUCGACGUAACCACGCCAAGCCAAACCAAAACAGGGAGGAAAGUUUUUUUCAUCAUGUCAUAACAAUCAGCCAUGAGGGUGAAUACAAAAUACAUUGGCUGUGUCUCGUUUGGAAGGAUGCGUCCUGCAGAGGUCGCAUUUGUCGGCCGCAUACUUCAUCGAGGCUGUCUCGUUUCAGAAAAGCAAGUUGGACACUAAGAAUGCAGCCUUCGAAUGUGACAUUCUUUCACGGGAAUUCGGAGUAUGCAUGAGGUGUAUCCUUGGUGGGCACUCACAACCCACAAUUCUUUGCUUUAACGGAAAUGUCAAUUUUCCGUAAAUAUGAUGUUCAAAUGCAAGGAAUGUUAAUUCCCAAGUUGAAGUACCUCAGUAGAUGGCUGCAGAGUAUAUAAUAUGUAUAAUUAUAUUAAUAUAUAAUUAAAAUAAAGUAUUAGACUAAAAGUACACCUGUAAAAUCUAUUUACUUUUCUCUUUACAUCAUUAUAUCUCUCCUAAAAUGUACCUCAUACAUUCCCUUCCAGAGGGACUUUGUUCCCUUCUCACUCAAAGUGCUCGCGCUUGUUAAAGAGUGGCGUGCUGUCAUACCAACCAUGUUACGUUACGUUUCCAUUUGUCCUACGAAGGCCGUCUCGUUUAAACGAGACUUGUUUAAAGGAGGACACUCGGUAUACUGCAGCAUUCAAAGGACGCGUCCUACCUAGCAUGCAGCCUUCCAAACGAGAGACAGCCAUUGUUAGUAUUCAUUCACCAGGGCACUUAAUGUAACGGGACAUCCAGGGGAUAAAAGACAAUGACAUGAAGAUAUGUGUAAACUCUGUAGUGUUGCACCCCUAGGUUUGAAGUUGGAAGGUGCCUGAAAAAAAUUAUCUGAAAGCUUAAAACAAAGAAGUUUUGUGGGGUGGGGUGGGACCUAAAUCUAAACUGGAUGCUAAACAUAAGUCCUACGCAUGGGGAGAAAAAGGGUGUAGCUUGACUGCAUGAAAGUGUGCAGACGGUGUUUUGUGUGCCAGCUAUGCUCAGCAGUAGACGGCAAAUAUUUAAAGACAGUAAACGCUAAAAAUGUACCAUAUUUUAGACCCUGUCUGAAAGGUAACAACUUCGUAACAUAACCGUAGAAGUGUAAGUCCUCUGAAUGACUGCAUACUUUUUUCUUUUUUCUUUGUCUUGGUAAAUUAAGUUAGCAUGUAUAAAGCAAGAAGAAAGACUCCAUUGUAGCACAGCUCAGUGAAGAUGUUUGAAUCAAAUCCAUUGCACUGUACAAGGCUUUCAUAUUCAUACACUAUCUCUGUUUAGUGUAAAUUAAUGACAAGUCUCACUUACUAGGUUACUGUGUGGUUUGACAUGUGUCAGUGAAUCCUGAACACAAAUUUUGUUCAUUUUUAGACAUAAUACAUCAUCGACUUCUUUUUGCUUAGUUUGCUCAGAGCAUGAUUUUGAAAAUGCUGUUAAUAUCUGUUUUGACUGACUGGGUUAAUCUGGAUAUUUAGUUGUUUGAUUUGUGCAUGUUGGUGGCCCAAUGAGCAAUCUAUUUUUCUAGCCCUGCAUACAGACAAGUUUAAUAAUGCAGUUUUCCACCCUUACACAACAGGUUAUAUUCAUUUGUGUGACUUGUUUUAUUUUUUUACCUCCUGCAUGAAAUGCAAAAACGUCCCGCAUUGUGUUGUGUCAAAUCCUGGAAAAUCCAGUGCUUGUGGAGGUACUUGUGUCCCUCAUGUGCAUAGUAUCAAGCCUUAAAAUGCCUGAAUGUAUCCCAGAGUGUGAGGAUUUAGAGGCUACUGUUUAGGUAUUAAGAACUUUGUGGCUCCAAGUCACUUGUAGGUAAAAAUAGUUCUCUCAAGUAUAAGCUAAGAUCUGGAUUCAAGCCAGCUCUAAGUAUCUUGGGAAGCGGAGAUUGUGUCAAAAUUUGAAUUUAAUUUAUAUUCUCAUUGUAUAGGUGAAGAUCUGCACAUUGUAUUUGGUUUUGAGAUUAUUCUAUUUCAAAAGUGUACUGUCAUUUUAGAUCUGAACACCAUGGGAUACUUUUAGGUGUUUGUGAGUUCGUGUCUGUGUUGUGUUGGUGUAUGUCUUUGAGGUGUGUUUUUUUUUUAUUUAUUUUUUUUAGUUUGUCUGUCACAUUCCAGCUGUUUUAUAGAAGGAAUAGAUAACAGUGUUCAGAGUAAUUUCGUGAUUUUUCUGACAUGGAAAUGAAAAUGAUGGUGUUAAUGUUGGCAGAAAUAAUUAAUCUGUUAAGUGUGUUUUCUUACACUUUUGAAUGCUGCUAUGUGUUGUUAUAUUUUUACUUGAAUAUGUUAUGUUGUAGAGACCUCAGGAGGUAUGUUGUCUUUACUGUUUUUAUUUCUUUUGUGUAUGCCUUUCCCCUGGUUUAGUCUCCCAUUUUUAAUAAUAAUAAUAAUAAUAAUAUUAAUAAUAAUAGAGCAAUUCACUGUAACCCAUUCUGCUGCUGGUGAAUAUCCUUUCUAAUGGUCAUAUUUUUGUCAAUCUUGUCUCCUUGUAAAGGAAUGUAAAGCUGUUUUAUUAAUUAGAGGAGAUAUAAUAUCAGAUACUGUAGAUACACUUAAAUACAAUAAAUAGCUUACUUAAAAGUGUUGUAAUGCACAGCUUCAUGUGGGGAUAAAACAAAAUAAAUUGGCCCCUAUGUGUGUACAGUAGUUAUUUUAAUACCGUAUAUACUGUAAUGCCUUGAAGUUAGACUUAAGUUUUUUCAGAGGUGUGGGGUUUCAAUAUGGCCAUGAGCACAGUAAUGAAACUAAUGGUUUUACAACUUUUUUUCUUGUUUUCUUUUUGUGAAGUACAAAACUUGUUUUAAUUUUGUUUCCCCAACCCAAACUGCACCAACUGCUGUAUAGUUCUCUGUGUGGCAAUUAAAAAAGAAAUUUAAUAAUGAAGUAAACCUUUGCUCAAAAGCUCCUUUUUUUCUGACCUGAGAGCAAUUUCAUUUAUAGUGAUUUUGAUUUAUAAUCUGAAUUUCAAGAAAGAUGGAAAUAUUGAAAGUAAUAAUUUUUAGGGGCCACCAAAUAUUUUGGAUCAUGCAAAGAAUAUAUAUUGUACCGUAGAAAUUUUGUAAUGAUAUUUGUAUGACAUUGUUAUGGACGUGAGUUUGUUUCACUGCUUGGAUCUGUACAUUGAUAGGAAUAAACCCUUUUCAAAA